AUGGGUUUGACAGUGGCACCACUCGUUGUGAAUGUGAAUCCCAAUUUGAACGUUAUUCUUACGGCAUGUCUCACCGUUUUUGUGGGUUGCUUUCGUUCGGUGAAGGAUUCUCCUCCAACUGAGACGAUGUCGAAAGAACAUGCCAUGCGUUUCCCAUUGGUUGGGAGUGCUAUGCUUCUCUCACUCUUCCUACUGUUCAAGUUUCUCUCGAAGGAUUUGGUCAAUGCUGUUCUUACAGCUUACUUCUUUGUUCUCGGGAUCGUCGCUCUUUCGUACAGCGACAUUGUUGCCUGCUAUCAGAAGGUUGGACUGUUUUUCUAUGAUAUUUUCUGGGUUUUCUUUACUCCGGUUAUGGUUAGUGUUGCCAAAUCCUUUGAUGCUCCGAUCAAGCUUUUAUUCCCUACGGGAGAUGCUCUAAGACCCUACUCUAUGCUUGGGCUUGGUGAUAUUGUCAUUCCGGGUAUUUUUGUUGCACUGGCUCUGAGAUUUGAUGUGUCGAGACGCAGUAAACCACAAUACUUCACGAGUGCAUUUGUGGGAUACACUGCUGGAGUUGUCCUCACUAUUGUAGUCAUGAACUGGUUUCAAGCAGCACAGCCUGCUUUGUUAUACAUUGUCCCAGCCGUCAUUGGGUUCUUGGGUUCUCACUGCUUCUGGAACGGUGACAUUAAACCGUUGAUGGCGUUUGAUGAAUCGAAGACAGCUGCUGAGGGGGAGGCUAAUAAGACUCAUGAAGAAUGA